AUGUCCUGGCCCUUCAAAUUGGCUGUUGCCUUGCAAGAAUUUAGCGCCAGUGUGCCAGCACCAGCUGCCUCUGCAAGCAGCAACAGUUGCACCAAUCGCUGUGGCUGCAAAUGCAAAUGCUGCAGCGGCUACAUCCAAAAGUACGUAAACUUUGAUGCGGAGGCAACGGCAUCCGGCGGACCAGUGCAGAAGAUGGUGCGUUUCAGCACCGCAGACAUGAUGCUGCUGCUCCGUGUGGCUCAAUCGUGUGAACAUUUUUGGAGCAAUCAGUAUUAUAAGGUGGAUUUGCUGCCGGAUUACAAGACGCUGGGCGCCGCUUUUGAAGCACAGGAGAGCGCCAUUAACGUAGCCCAAUUGGAGCAAAUUGUGGAUACGAUUACAACUGGCUAUCGCCGUGCCGUGGCCAAGCUGCGGGACACUGAGGCGCAUGCUGCCCUCAGGCCAACGGCAGCAGCUCCUUGCUUCCCGGGUUUGCGUUGUAGCUGCGCAGACUGUGCGCUAAUGCCCUGGCGCAGGCUGCAGCAACUGGAGGCACAUCAGUGGCUGCACAAGCCCAGCGACAAUUGGCACUGUCGCUUAUGCUAUCGUCGCUACUUUAUUCAGCACACGUUACUUUCGCAUUUGAGCAGGCGCACGAGGCGGGACGAGGUGGGCCAGCUCCUGGAGAAUGAGGCCUACAAGCUAAUGCUCUCGGCGCAGCAGCAACAGGAGCAGGCCGAGCAGCAGGAACGGUCUGCACGAGUGGAGCAACUGCAUGUGCGCAUGCCCAAAGGCACCCACCUAGACUUUGUGUCGGAGUCGGAGGUGCGUGUGCCGCCAGCGCCGCGCAAGCGCUGCAAGCUCACCGCUUGCCCAAAGUGCAGUCACAGUUACCUGCACAGCUACAGCCAUCAGUUGCAUAUGCAGAGGCAGCAUGCGAUGAUGCAGAGCACCCGGCGCUGGCAAUGUCCCAGUUGCGCGCGCAGUUUUCGAACGCGUCGAAUUUAUUUAAAGCAUUUAAAAAGCGUACGCGAUGCCUGUCGCCUGCGUGUGCGUAGAUUCAAAUGCUCCAGGUGCAAGUGGCGCUUCCAGUUGGAGUGUUCCCUUCGGCCGCAUGUGGCCCAGGCUCACGUGCGCAACUAUAGUUGCCUCAUAUGCAAUUUGCCAUCGCAGAGCCGCUGCUGUGAUAGACACAGCCGGGAGGAAGCUCGAGUGGCGGUUGGUGAGCACAUGAGACAACGCCGCCUGGAACUGGGACAUCCUCCACCACCAGAACGCAAAAAGCCCUUUAAGGUCGUGUGUAGCACAUGCCAAAAGGAAUUUCCGAAUAGAUUUCUGCUCAAUAUACAUGUGAAUCGAGUUCACUUGAAACGGAAGGACUUCAUCUGCGAAACGUGCGGCAAGAGCUUUUGGAGCAGAAAGGAAAUUGAAGAGCAUAGGCGGAAGGUGCAUCUGAUGGCUGACACAAUUUUCUGCGAACUCUGCAGCUUGACGAUCAAGGAGAAAGGGAACUAUCAGCGCCACUGCGAUAGCAUUCGUCACGUCACCAAUCUGGCAAAGUCGAAGGGCAUUACGCUCGUCGAGAAGCCUGUGUCAAAGGGGCCGCCGAUUUAUUGUAAAUGCUGCGAUCGCACACUCAAGGGACCUUCCACGUUUUACCAUCAUUGCAAAACCAAGAAACAUAAGCGGCGCGCAGCGGAGCAAGACCAGAAACCCGAUCAUGUUGAUAAUGUUCUAAACUACUAG